AUGGACCGAGUGACCAGAUACCCCAUCUUUGGCAUCCCUCACUCGCCCCGUGUGGGUGGCCUGGGCCUGGAGGAGGGCACCGGCCACACGUUUGAGCUGGUGGACGUGGGGCCUGCGGCCAGCGGCUGGGACCAGAACAAGCCACGGGCCCUGCCUGCUGACCGAGAGACCGGGCCGAAUGCAGCCGGGCCGAAGGCGUCCCGGAGCCCAUGUGCCUUCCGGGACCGGCCAGCCCCGUGGAGGCUCGGCCGGGAGGGUGACGAGAAAGAGGAGGCGAAGGCCUGCCGUCGGCACCCAAGGGACGCCCAGCCCACGCGGCCACGGAGCCUGGAACGGGAGCACCAGGCACUCAGGAAGGGCAGCACGGCGCCCGCGCUCCAGGGCAGGCCUGCCCACGGGGACCCCGGGAGCCCCGGCCAGGCUCAGUCUGGGCCCCCGGAGGAGCACGUGGUCGACAGGGAGCAGAUCAACUUCCUGACGGCCAGACGGCAGUUCUUGAGUCUGGAGCAGGCCGGUGCAGCGGCCGCCCAGAACCUUCCAGCUAGGGCGGCCCCUGCGUGCGCCCCCCCUGCUGUGGGUCAGGCCUCCACGGCCUCGGGCGGGCUGCCCCCGGCCAGCGGGUGUGCCGUCCCCCCGAAGCCCCAGGGGAGGGACGCGGUCUCGGGAGAGAAGGGGGACGCCGGCGGCCUCCCCGCUGCCCCUGGUGCCCGGGCUGUGAGCGGCCGUGGCUCCCGGUCCCGAGUGGGGUCCCCGGAGCCCCCCGGGGAGACGCCCAUCGAGCGGGAGAUCCGGCGGGCCCAGGAGCGGGAGGCGGACCUGCGAGAACAGAGAGGGCUACGGCAGGCGGCCAGCCAGCAGGAGAUGGUAGAGAUACCCACCAGGCCACUGCUGACCAAGGUCGGCCUGGCCUCGGCCCCGCGGCGGGACAGGGGGCGCCCGUCACUCUACGUGCAGCGGGAUUUGGUGCAGGAGACCCAGCGGGAGGAGGACCACCGGCGGGAGGGCCUGAAGCUGGGCGAGCCGUCCACGCCGGCCAGGGCGGCCCUGGGUCCCCAGCCGGGACUCAGGAAAGCCCUCAGCUCAGACUCCGUCCUCGGCCUGGCCCCGGAAGACGGGCCGGCCUGGUGGACUGGGUUUUAUGGAGCCACACCUGACUCGGUCCCCGCGGCUCGCGGCGGGCGCGCUGAAGGCCGCAGGGGCGUCACACCCCCUGAGCCUGUGCCCGGGCCCGAGUCUUUCCAGCAGGACUCAAUUCACAGUGAAAAGCGGCUGCUGUCACGGGUGAAACAGGGCCCCCCAAAUUCGCGUCCCCCCCCCAAACCGCGGAACGUGACCUUCCACGGAAGCAGGGCCUUCGCGGUGCGACUGGCUGCGCUACGCGAGGUCACGCUGAGCGGGCGGCCACCCGGGUCUCCGCUCCCUCGGCGUGCCGGUCUGCGACACGGGCGGAUCCGGGGGGUCUCCGGCGCCUGCCAGACGUCCCGCCGUGGAGCUGGCGUGGCCCGUGGCCGGGCGCGUGGCCGGUGGGUGCCGCGCCCCGGCGUCUCUCUGCUGCCUGGAGCGCUGCUGUGUGUGUCUCGGGGCCACCACGCGCGGGGCAUCAGGACCUGUCCCCGUAGCCCUGGAGGCCGGACGCCAUCACCGGGCUGGGGGCGCCAGACCUGCCUGUAG